GCCAGCCGGUCCUUCCGACCUUCCCACCGCUCUUAGCACGAGCCAUGAGCUGCUGCUUCGCAUGGCUUAAGGACCUUGGCUUUCGAUUGAGCCUUGGCCCUGGCGUUGAGCAUGAGCUGGACGCAGAUGAGGAGAGUGGCGGUGAGCUUGCCGAAGCGCCUGCUGCGCGGCCUUUGCUGACCAGGAGGGGCGGCGUAUCUGCUGAGCCAACUGGUGCUAACAAUGUGCGUUACGCAGAUUGGCACCCGCCAUUUCAUCAGAAGACGCCAGAACAAAGACAAAGGCUUCAUGCCGCGCUUGAGCGAUGUCCGCUUUUUCAGGGCUUCGCUGCGCAUGACUUGUCAAGAAUUGUCGACGCCAUCGAAAUCACGCGUGUGGAAACGGGUGAUCAGAUCUACGUCAAAGGCGAAAUCGGCAGGAGUGGCUACGUUUUGAUUAGCGGCUCCGCCUGUGCAGAGACGGACGCUCAAGAUGACCACGCGCUGCUAAGGCGCUCGUCAAAGUUCAAGCUGCUGUACGAGGAAGGCGAUUUCUUUGGAGAGCACACGAUGCUUUGGGGCUUUCGCCGCCGCAUGACGGUGGAUGCGGUCACCUCCUGCAUCCUGGGAAAGCUCCGGCGGGACGUGUACUUCAACAUUGCUGCUCGCGCUGCUAUGGCGGCGAGGAGCUUUCGAGAGACUUGUCUUCGCGCGGCCUGCUGGGCAGCAAGAAGUUUGUGUCACGAUCGGGGUGGAUGGAAGCUGUUUUUUCGAGGUUGUGAUAUGUUUGCCCAGUGGAAGGUCAAUCAAGCGGGGGCAGGUGUCCUAUUGCUCCGCGGUGCCAGGGUGAUUGCUAAUUGCAUACAUGUUUUUGCUUUUGCUACUGAGGUGCCAAUAUUUGAAACAUUCGACGACGAGCUGAUUGCGCGUAUUGCAGACAUCGUUGAACGUCGCCUUUACCGUGAAGGCGAGAAGAUUAUCCAGCAGGGACAGCCAGUUGUUCAAAAACGUCGUGCGCCUCUACCCGGGGAAGCAAAAGCAGAACUGUUCAUCGUUGCAAGCGGCGAGUGCGAGGCCACAAUUCUUGUGGACAAGGUGGGAUUUGGAGGUGGUCACGAAUUGGAGGAGCAUGCAGUGCGACGCUACCAAAAAGGCGAGCGCUUUGGUGAGCUGGGCUUUAUUCAUCGCUCACGCCGUGCAGCGUCAGUAACAGCCACACAGGAGUCUGAGCUCUUUUGCCUGGACCGGGAUACCUUCGAGCGCAUAGUAGAGCUGGAGUUGAAACAGCAGGAGAACUAUGCGAGUGAUCCUCGCAAAGCCAUUGCGGACUUCUACAGCCCUGGCGACCAUCGCGGUCCUGGGGGAGUAGCUUCUGGGGCUGGCAGCUCUCAAUGGUUCGCCGUGUACCGACCAACAAGUCGAGACGCCUUGGCCAAGAUGCUGAAUCAAACUGCCGUGGGCAAGGGCUUGAAUGUGAAGGGCAAGUCUGCAAAGAAGAAUCACCUCUCGGGCUUCGUUCCCUUUCUGCAAAUCAGCGACAACAAUCACAAGAAGGAUCUUGAGGCCUCACCGCCAGAUGCCUGGGUCACCAUUUAUUUUCAGACCAGGGAAUCCCAGGAAGCUGCCCACAAAGAGCUCGAGCGCGUGCACAUGUCCGUCGCAGAUUCGCCGGCGCCCAUUGUUAGGGACGACGAAUUUCCAGCAGUAUACGGGCUGCGCAUGCCUGAGACCAUCAUGCGUAAAGUUUACAUUGAUACAGCAGACCUUCAGUUCCAAGCAGGUUGGGAAACUGGCCGCGCAUCAGAGCCGGCAUUCAUGGAUAUGAAUUUGCAUGCUUUGCGGAAAGCGAAAAGUGACCCAAAGAUUGUCCUGUACCAAUACGAUGCCACCAACGAGUUGAACCCUCAUGGCUUGCUGAUCGCAUACGCAGAAGAGCACGAGGUUGCGGGCAAGAAGAUCAAGAGUGUGAAACCGGUGGUGUCAGACUUUGAUACGUUCACCGUGGGGAGCAGAGGUGUGACUUAUGAGCGCCUUCCCGAGCACCAAGUGGAUCUCAUGAUCUGGAGCUUGGAACAGACCCGGGCAAUUUUGAGUCAGCCUGGGACGAAAUCUUGGACCUCACGCUGGCUGGAAGUGCUGCAGAAAGCGAAUCAAGAAGGAUUUCACCCCACCCUUCCUCAGUAUGGCUUUGGCGACCCAACAUCCUACAAGUUGAUUGAGGAAGUGAUCAAAGCAACGCACAUUUCUGGCGCCGUGCGGCAUGGAGCUGAAUGUUUCAAUUUUUACUUUCCGCAGGAGCUUGACAGCGAGUACUUGGUGGUGUGGGACGGCUUCAAAGACAAGCCAUGGGCCUACCACAAUCAGACCGAAUUGCAAGAUUUCCUUGCAAGUCGAAUCCAGGAAGGCUAUAGCUUUCCCAUCAACCCUGUUUGGCCGCUGCGCGAUGAAGGGUGGUAUGCAAUUUUUGAUGCCCUGGUCCGAGCGGGCGCCUGUCUUAAUAGCUGGUUUCCUCCAGAGAGGAGGAUCGUGGAACUCGUCGAGGAGAUUCGCAGUACCUUCCCCGAUGGCUUUCAGGCUGACUCAACCCCCGCUGAGCUGGACCAUGAGGAGCACGCAAACUUGGCCCGCUUCAAAGCCAGGAAGCGAUGGCGAAAGCUGCGCUCCAUCAGGACUCUCGGGGUGAUGAAGUCCAUAAGCAUGCAGAGCACGGUUGAGUGAUGCAAGGUGCUGGGGACAGACUUGAUGCUCAAGGCAUUUAUAGCACUUGUUCAGCUCUGUGUUCCAGCUGACCCGGGCAAUACUUGUCGUGGUGAUGUUCUUAUGAAUGCGUCCUGAAGGGACUUUCAUUAAAGUGCUUCAAAGUAGAUGUGCAACCUGCCUGCUGGCUGCCACAGACGCCAAGCAAGACGGCUAAGAGCAAAUCCGAAAAGCGAGCGAUGGCUUGUCCAACAUUGCAUGCAAACAAUAUUCCGUUGCUUUGGAAACAAUGCAAAUUUGCUUCUUUGCAAUUGCCACAGCCUUCGGCUUGAAGCACUUUCACCUGCACCAGGUUGAGGCACUCAUAAAGCC